CAAUUAUAAAUGGUGGUGAUUGGAUUUAUAUAUUGACUUAUUUCAAUCUGCAUUGCAUUAUCUCUUUUUUCUCAACUGUAUCAGAUCUGUUCUUGGGAUUAUGCAAGCUUCUCCUUCCUCUUCCUUCAGCUAUAUUUGGAAAUACGAUGUGGUCCUCAGUUUCAGAGGAAUUGAUACUCGCCAUGGUUUUAUUGGCAAUCUCUACAAAGCUCUUCAUGACAAGGGAAUCCGAACAUUCAUUGAUGACGAGGAGCUCGAGAGAGGGGAUGAAAUUACACCUUCCCUUGUCAAGGCAAUUGAAGAGUCUAGGAUUGCAGUUCCUGUGUUAUCUAAGAACUAUGCUGCUUCUUCUUUUUGCUUAGAAGAACUUGUCACUAUUAUGAAAUAUGUUAAGGGAAAGGGCAGAUUGGUUUUUCCGGUUUUUUAUGAUGUUGAUCCUUCUGAUGUGAGACACUGCAAUAAUAGUUAUGGGGAAGCACUAGCUAGGCUUGAAAAGAGAUUCAAGGAUAACAAGGAGAAAGUGCAUAAAUGGAGAGAAUCUCUGCAUCAAGUGGCUAGCUUGUCUGGUGAAUGUUUCAAACUUGAUGAGAAAAAAUAUGAAUAUGUUUUUAUUGAGAAGAUCACUGGACAAAUCUGGAGUAGGAUUAGUCGUGUUCCUUUAUAUGUUGCGGAUUAUCCUAUUGGGCUAGAAUCUCGAGUGCAAAAAGUAGUCAUGCUUCUAAGUGAUGGAUCUAAUGGUGGAAACCAAAUGGUGGGGAUCUAUGGAGUUGGUGGAAUAGGUAAAACAACACUUGCUCGAGCAGUUUAUAAUCUGAUUGCAGACCAAUUUGAAGGAUUAUGUUUUCUUGAACAUGUGAGAGAAAAUUCAAUCAAAUAUGGAUUAGCAUAUCUCCAAGAGAUACUUCUUUCUAAAGUACUUGGAAAAAAGGAUAUUAAGCUAGCAAGUGUUGGUGAAGGAACUUCAACAAUAAGGCAAAGGUUCUCAAGAAAGAAGAUUCUUUUGGUUCUUGAUGAUGUUGACAAACUCGAGCAAUUGCGAAUGAUUGCCGGAGGACUUGAUUGGUUUGGUUAUGGUAGCAGAGUCAUCAUAACAACUAGGAACAAACAUUUGCUAGCAGCACAUGGGGUAGAGAGGACCUAUGAGGUAGAUGACCUAAAUAUGGAAGAAUCACUCGAGUUGCUCAAUUGGAAUGCUUUUAGAAAUGAAAAGGUUGAUCCAAGUUAUAAGAAUGUUUUGAAUAAAAUUGUGUCUUAUGCUUCUGGUCUUCCACUAGCUUUGAUUAUAAUAGGUUCCAACUUAUUUGGCAGAACUAUUGAGGAAUGGAUGUCUACAUUAUGUGAGUACAAAAAGGCUCCUAAUAAAGAUAUCCAGAGGAUACUUAAAAUAAGCUUUGAUGCUUUGGAAGAAUAUCAACAAAAGUUUUUUCUUGACAUUGCUUGUUGCUUCAAAGGAUAUGAGAGGGAAAAGAUUGAAACCAUACUCCAUGCUCAUCAUGAUGUCAACCCGAAAUCUAGUAUUAGUGUGUUGCUUGAAAAAUCUCUCAUAAAGAUUAACGAGUAUGGUUUUGUGACAUUACAUGACUUGAUUCAAGACAUGGGUAGAGAAAUUGAUCGUCAAGAAUCACCUGAAAAGCCUGGGAAGCGCAGCCGUUUAUGGUUUUCUGUAGAUAUAAUGCAAGUUUUACAAGAGAACACGGGAACUAGUGAAAUUAACAUGAUAAAUCUGGAAGUUCCCAUAUAUGAAGUAUUAGAAUGGGAUGGAACAGCCUUCAAGAAGAUGAAAAAUCUCAAAACACUUAUCAUUCGAAAUGGUAAGUUUUCUAAAGGUCCCAAACAUCUUCCAAAUAGCUUAAGAGUUUUGGAAUGGCAGGGAUAUCCUUUAGAUUCUUUACCAUCCGAUUUUCGUCCAAAGAAGUUAGCCAUACUCAACUUACCCAAUAGUUGCUUUUCAUCAUUCCAGCUUCUCAAGAUACUGAAGACUUAUGUUAAUAUGAGAGUCUUGAAUUUCAGUGGAAAUAGACAGACAACACAGAUACCUGAUGCAUCCGGUGCCCCAAAUUUAGAAGAAUUACACUUUGCAGAUUGUGAGAAUUUAAUUAAAAUUGACAAAUCUGUUGGACUUUUGAGUAAACUCAAAAUAUUCGAUGUUCAAGGUUGCCAAAAGCUAAGGAGGUUACCUUCGCUUGCAUUGCCCUCUCUUGAAAAACUUUAUCUCUCAGGUUGUUCAAGUCUCGCGAGUUUUCCAGAAAUACAAGGAAAAAUGAAGAAGUUAAGACAACUUUCUUUGAUUGACACUUGUAUAAAGGAGUUGCCUUAUUCUAUUUAUAAUCUUUCUGGGCUUCAACUAUUAGAACUGCAUCACUCCGGAAUUAUUCUAUUGCCAAGCAGCAUUUUCAUGUUGAGAGAACUUAAUGCUUUGGACUUGUGGGAAUGUGAGUGCUUGCUAACACCAUAUGAAGGUGAUGAUAUAGAGCAAAGGAGCUUAGUGCUGUCUUCAAAUGCAACAAGUCUUGAUUUCAGUACUUGCAAUAUAUCUGAUGAAUUCCUUCAAAUAUUUCUUCCUCAGUUUCCCAAUGUGCAAGUUUUAAACUUGUCAUAUUGUAAUUUCACAAUCCUCCCGGAAUGCAUCAGCGAAUGCCGCUUUUUGGAGAUUCUUUAUCUGAAUGAAUGCAAGAAUCUACAAGAAAUUAGAGGGAUUCCACCCAACAUAGAAAUAUUGUAUGCAAUGCACAACACAUCCAUGAGUUACUCCAGCAGGAUGACAUUGUUGAAUAAGGAGUUCCAUGAGGAUGGUGGAGACAAGGCAUUUAUUUUGCCAGGAACAGAGGUUCCAGAUUGGUUUGAACUUCAGAGUGAUGGACAACCAAUAUCUUUCUGGUUUCGUAAUAAGUUCCCUGCCUUAUCUCUCUGUGUUCUUUUUAACCAAAGGCUUACUAAUCAUAGAGAACUUCGGAUUGGAGUGAGAUUGAUCAUCAAAGGCAACAACAAUUUUGAAGAACUUUUUAAUGAAACUUUGAAUAUAGUAUCACAUCUUCAUCAUGUAUAUAUAUGUAGUAUGAAGCAAGUAACCUUUGCAGCUGAUGUGGAUGAAAUGCUUUUGAAAAAUGGAUGGAACAAAGCAGUAAUAUCUCUUUACCAUUACAACAUAUUUGUGCCUCGAGAAUUGGAGGAUUUGGGGAGCAUGCAAAUUGGAGUUCAUGUAAUUGAAAAAAGAAGUAACAUGCAUGAUAUCCGAUUCUCCGAUCCUGACACUCAUAUCCAGUAUAGUCCAAUUCUUCUUAAUUCCAGAUGGUUAUCUCAGGGUAGAUAUCAUUUACUGAAUCAAGAAACCUCAACAGUCACUGUCCAAGGUUUGCAAGAACAAAAAAAUUUAACUCGGAUCGAUCAUAAGAAGUUGAAAGGUCAUAAAAAAGUGAACAAAGCAAAAAGGGAAGGAACAAUGCUCAACAUCAAUUCCAUGCAGGAUAUUGUUAUUCUUACAAGUGUAAUUUUGUAUGCAAUGGAAUAGGAGGCCUCAAAUGACAAGAACAUGACACCAAAAUCAUGGAGUUACAUGUCAUGCGAACCGUGGGAUCCAAGACAAGAAUCGCUUCCACUGGAUUCAUUGGAUCCAAUGCUAUGGGAAUCAU